AUGAUGGAGUCCCAAAGGCAAAGCAUAGCAGAUGAAGAAGGCAGCAGUCCUUUGCUAAGGCCCAAUAAUGAUAUUGAAACUGAAGGUGGUGAUGGCGAUAGCCAUGGCAGUUCUGCCACCAUUGUUGUUGUACUCAGCACCCUUGUCGCGGUUUUAGGCUCCUAUGUUUUUGGUUGUGCUAUUGGAUUUUCAUCGCCAGCCCAGUAUGGAAUUCUGGAUGAUCUUGGUCUAUCCUUGGCACAGUACUCAUUGUUUGGCUCAAUAAUGACGAUUGGAGCAAUGCUUGGUGCAAUAACGAGUGGAAAGAUAGCAGAUUUCUUUGGGAGGAAAGUAACGAUGGGUUUCGCAGAAUUGUUUACUAUUGGGGGCUGGCUUGCAAUUGUCUUUUCAAAGAGUGCUUGGACGCUUGACACUGGAAGGCUGUUAAAGGGAUUUGGAAUUGGACUUCUUUCAUACGUGGUACCAGUAUAUAUAGCGGAAAUAACACCUAAGAAUCUUCGAGGAGCGUUUACAGCAGUUAACCAGUUGAUGAUUUGUUGUGGCUCCUCUGUAAUGUUUCUUGUUGGAAAUGUCUUCACCUGGCGUACCUUGGCUUGGAUAGGAGCUAUUCCAUGUCUACUACAGCUUGUCGGUUUAUUCUUCAUUCCAGAGUCUCCUAGAUGGUUGGCUAAGAUGGGUCAGUGGGAUGAUAGCAAAGCGGCUUUGCAGCGCCUUAGAGGGGAUAGUGCCGAUAUUUCUGAAGAAGCGGCUGAAAUAAGAGAAUAUACACAAUCUCUUGGACAACUCUCGAACUCUAGAAUGAUAGACUUGUUCCAAAGGAAAUAUGCUCACUCCCUUACAGUUGGUGUUGGGCUGAUGGUGCUGCAACAAUUUGGAGGAGUCAAUGCAAUAGCAUAUUAUGCAAGUUCUAUAUUUUCAUCAGCUGGUUUUUCAAGUAGGGCCGGAACAACAGCUAUGGUUUUCAUUCAGGUUCCAAUGACUCUUUUGGGAGUCCUCUUAAUGGAUAAAUCUGGAAGACGUCUGCUGCUAUUGGUUUCAGCAGCAGGAACUUGCUUGGGUUGCUUUCUCAUCGGACUGUCAUUUUUAUUACAGGACCUUCAAAUUUGGAAAUCGAGUCCCUUGCUAGCACUCGGUGGUGUACUGGUCUUUACAGGAUCUUUCUCAUUAGGCAUGGGAGGAAUUCCUUGGGUUAUAAUGUCAGAGAUAUUUCCAAUAAACGUGAAAGGUUUAGCUGGAAGCCUUGUAACAGUGGUCAACUGGUUUGGUACUUGGAUUAUUUCAUAUUCAUUCAACUUUGUAAUGCAGUGGAGCUCUGAAGGCACCUUUUUCAUCUUUUCAGUGGUAUGUGGUUUUACUAUCAUAUUCGUCGCAAAGCUGGUGCCGGAAACCAAGGGACAUAUUUGCUGGGAUAAAUUAAAGCUUGCCGAAGUUGGUGUGACUAAUGUUGUUUGGAUGGAAAGAGUAGAUGCAAUCGAAAGUUCUCUUCAAAGUGAAAUCAGAGGAUGA